AUGUUUUAUCAUUCUGUUUACCUUGGAAUUUCAGAGUCGAUCAGACAAGAUAGUGUAUUGCCCUUUGAGUUACCAUCUACCGUGGUGUCUGAUAAUGCCAAUUCCACUACAAACCUAGAACAAGCCACAUCUCUUGCGUUUGAAGGAAGAAAGAAUCAACAGUUGCUUCUCGUUAUCGAUAGGAUCAUAGCAGAAAAAAAGGCGCAAGAAAAAGAUCUGCGCACCGAGAUGGAGAAGCUGGAUGCUAAGGCCAAACGAUUGGAAGGAAUGUUGGAAGCAAAAAAUUAUGAUGAAGCAGAGAAUGAGCUACUACUCAUGGAUGAUGAUAUGAACGUUUCAGUCCAGAUGGCCGCCCUUGAGAUCGGAAAGGCUGACGAAAGCCUGCUAAAACUUGAAGAAAAUCAUAAGAUGGAAAGAAAUGAACUUUUGAACAAGUUAAGUGAGUUUGAGAAGCAGCUAGAGACCAAACAUAUACUGGAAAUGGAGAACCUAGUACGCCAAAGCAAUGAGCUCGGAAAGAAUGAUGAUAUUAACAUUUCAGUCCAGAUGGCCGCCCUUGAGCUCGGAAAGCCUGACGAACGCCUGUUCAAACUUGUAGAAAAGCAAAAGAUGGAAAGAAAAGAGCUUUUGAAGAAGUUAAUUCAGUUUGAGAAGCAGCUAGAGACCAAACAUGUACAGGAAAUAAACCUAGUACGCCAAAGCAAUGAUAUGCAAGCAGCGCGUGAAGUAUUGAUUGAGGUUUGGCCUGAGUUGGAUGCCCAAACCGAUAUCGGGAUAAAACUGAUGGGAAAACUUGAUGAGAAGCCCUUCCUGAAUGUUUGCAAGAAGAAAUAUCCUGCACAUGAAGCUACGGCUAAAGCUGCUACCCUUUUCUCUAGAUGGCAGGAGAACCUCAAGGAUUCAGCAUGGCAUCCGUUCAAAAGGGAAUUAACCGGGGACAAAGAAAAAGAAGUGCUUGACGAAGAGGAUGAACAGUUGAAGAAGCUUAAAGGAGAGUGGGGAGAAGAGGUGCAUAAGGCUGUUAAAACAGCAGUCGAGGAGAAGAAUGAGUAUAAUGCAAGUGGAAUCCUAGAACUUUGGAACUUCAAAGAAGAAAGGAAAGCAACACUUCAGGAAGUGAUUGAAUUUUUUCUAACAACGUCAAAUGACGCAGAAGAACCUGAAAGGUGUGCUAUAACUUCGGCAGUUAUAUAGAGCCAACUUGUGUAAUGUGCGGGUUUAAAUUUACAUACGCUAGCUACAUAACCUUUGCGGGUUUAAGUUUCUACUCAUGUUUUGGCAUUGGAACAAAUAUUCUAGGUACCUUAAUCAUUUAUAUAUCUAUA